CGACCACCUGCACUCCAUUCUACUGCCUUCACCCACAGCGCUCGCUCUCAGCGCAUCUCUGCCUCUACUCUAGGCUGCAUCGCCGCCUAGCGCGCCGCGCCCGCCCAGCAUGGAGUCCUCCCUCUCCCUCGAGGAGUCCAACAAGCUCCGCAUCCAGCUCGGCCUCAAGCCGCUCACCGCCGACUCGGACGACGAGGCGGCGGGCGAGGAGAGCUCGGACCCGCUGGCUCGGCAGGAGGACACGGCGAACGAGAACUACCGCCAGCGCAAGGAGGAGGCGCGCCGCAAGAAGGAGGAGGAGGAGAUCCGGGAGCGCAUCGCCAAGGCACAGAACCGGCGCGAGCUGGCCAAGAAGCUGCGCGGCCCGACGCUCGGCGAGGCAGACGAGGCUGAGCCGGCGUCGCUGGGUGCGCCGAGCGGCAGCGGCGGCAAGGACACGCUCAAGUGGCUCAAGCAGUCGCAGAAGCGCGCCAAGCAGAUUGCGGCGCAGCGGCUCAAGGAGCAGGAGGAGCAGGACAAGGCGGCGCAGGAGCAGUACGACACUGCUGACCUGGCCGGCCUGCGUGUGGCACACGACCUCGACGACAUUGGACUGGCUGCCGGCGGCGAGGGCCGCAUCUUGACGCUGCGCGAUGGCCGCAUCCUCGAUGGCGACGAGGACGAGUUGAUGGACUCGGCCAUCAGCCAGCAGGAGCGCGACCGCGCCAAUGCAGAGCGCAAGCGCGGCGCAAAGGGCUACACCGGCCUCGACGACGAGGAGUUCGACAAUGCGCCGGGCAGCAAGCGUAGCGUGCUGAGCAAGUACGACGCUGCGCUCGGGCCCGAUGAUGUGCCGCCCAAGGCUGGCGAUGGCGGCUUCCGCAUUGGUGCAGAGCCGCUCGAAGACCGGCGAGCGAGAGAGGAGGAGCAGAAGGCAGAGGCCGCACGCAUGCUCAACCGCACGGUGCUGAGUCUCGACUACAAGAAGAACGGCGAGGUCUCCGACUACCUGCAGGAGGGCGACGUAGGCUUCAAGCGGCCGAAGACCAAGAAGAAGAAGCGUGCAGCGACGCGCGUCAAGAUCGAGGACGACGACGAAGGCGCGGCUGCUGCGGCGGGGCCGUCUGCUGCCGCGCAGGAGGAUGCAGACAUGGCAGACGUCAAGCAGGAGCCGGCCGCGCCGCGUGUGCCGCGCCAGCUCACGACGGAGAACUUCGUCGACGACGACGAGCUGGCCGCGAGCCUGGCCAAGGCGCGUCGCAGCAAGGCGAAGCGCACGCUGAACAAGAUGACGCCCGAGCAGAUUGCCAAGAAUCGUGCGUGUCAAAAGCUAUUGCAGCGAUGUGCUUUUUGCUUACCCUCCUUUCUCUCAGUCGCCGCUCAGCGGGAAGCAGAGGCAGCAGACCAAGGCGACGAUGCCGCAGAGCCGGCGUUCGCGGGCGCUACGAACGGCGACUCGAAGGAAGGCCUGACGUUCGACGACACGAGCGAGUUUGUGCGGACAAUACAGACGCGCGACUCGUCGCCCGGCACGAGCGCCCGGCGGGCAGCAGCGGCGGCGGCCUCCUCAUCUCGCCGCCUGGCCGAAGCCGAGCGUCAGAUGCGCGAGGGCAGCGGUGGUGCCAUUCCGCGCAUCAAGUCGGAGCCGCUGGAGACCGACGAGACGCACGCUGCGUCGAACGGCGAGCAGCGAGUGCGCGUCAAGCAGGAGGAGAGCGAGGCUGGCGACGCGCCGCACGAGGACGGCGAGAUCUCCGACGAGGAGAUGGCCUACCUCGAUGAGCUGCCCGUGCCCAAGGCCAAGGAUGCCGACGGCGUCGAGAUCGGCGCGCCCGAGGGCCUCGUUUCGAGCGGCAUGGCGGCGACGCUGGCACUGCUGCGCAACUCGGGCAUGAUCGAGGAGGUCACGCCGGAGCAGCGCGAGCGCGAGCAGAAGCAGAAGCAGUACGACGCCUGGCUCGAGCUGCGCCGGCGCGAGGACCGCAUGCGCCAGGCGGAGCGCGAUGCCAGCAAGGCGCAGGGCAGCUCCAAGGACCAGGCGACGCGCGAGUACGAGAACCGCAUGCGCGAGGCCGAGGAUGCGCGCCUGGCGCUCGAGAAGUUCAAAAAUUACAAGCCGGACAUCGACAUCAAGUACCACGACGAGCACGGCCGCGUGCUGAACAAGCACGAGGCAUGGAAGAAUCUCAGCCACGUCUUCCACGGCAAGAUGCCGGGCAAGAAGAAGCAGGAGCUGACGCUGCGGCGCAUCGAGGAGGAGCGCAAGCGCGAGAAGAUGACGGCCGGCGACACGCCGACGGGCAUGAGCCGCGCGUUCGCCGAGCGUGCCGAGCGCUCGGGCCAGGCGCACAUGGUCAUUGGCGUCGGCGCGCGCAACAACGCGCCGCAGGACCUCGACCUGCUCGGCCCCAACAUCGCGCGCGAGCCGGUGGGCAAGGGCAAGGGCAAGGCGCGCGAGGGCACUGCAGACGCCGCCGCGCCCAAGGGCCCGAAGAAGGCCAAGGGCGGCGCCGCCAGCCGCGUGGCCGAGUACGUCGACGGCCUCUCCUCCGUCAUGUCUCUGCCGCAGGGCACCGACUCGCCGUACGCCGCCAGCCCGCCGCCGCCCGCAUCGCCACCGCCGCCUCCGCCGCCCGGCGGCGAGGCACCGCCGCCGCCAUCACCCGCUCCCGCGCCGCCGAAGCCGACGAUGAAGCCGGCCUUUGCGCCCGCACGCGCCGUGCCCGUCGCCACGAGCGCGCCUGGGUCGGGCGCCAGCACGCCAGGCAUGCUGGGCGGCGAGAAGUUCAAGCUGAGCUUCGGCAAGCGUGCGGCGCCCGAUGACGCUGGCAACGCAAGCAAGCGGCGCUGAUGCGUGUGCGGGUCUGCAAUGCAUUGCCCUUCUAUGCUAAAAUGGCUCCUCGUCGAGCGUCGUGGUGAGCUCGACCUGCGAAACGCCGCCGAGGAAGUCGGUGAUGCGCACGCUGUCGAGCGG